GAACUUUAUCGUAAAAUUAAAAAUAUCCCUAAUAUGAUAAAGUCCUUUUCAUUCUUAUUGCAAAGAAUUUCUAGGUUUCCUUAAACAUCCAUAAAUUUGCCUAGAUAUAUCUUGUCAGAGAAUGUUAAGGAAAAGCAAAUCAGAGAAAAUGACAUGCUGUGGAUUGCAGCAAAUGCUGACGACAAAAGAUGUUCAAUAUCUGAGAUCUAAAAAUUCAUCAAAGAGGAACCCAUACUUGAAUAGUCCCCGAUUAGACUGAUGGAUUUAGGAAAUAAUUAUUUUAGGCAUAUAAAUCCUAGAAAGAAAAAGACAAUGCUGUAAUUAUUAGAUGCCUACGUUGAUAACUUAACUGAAUCCGAGAUCAAGGAAUUCUAAAAUGCCUUAUCUAUUUAUUUUGAUAAUUCAUACGAGGGGAAAGAUUUAGAGGAAUUGAAUUAUGAAGAAAAAGACUUGCCUGAAUAAAUUUUGUGGCACCUUUAUAGCUUAAUGAUAUUUGAUAGAAUAAGUAGUUAAUAUGCAAGAUAUGAAUAUUUGGACUAAUUCAGAAUCAUUGAAUAUUUUAAUAAAAGGGAUAAAGAAAAAAUUAAUCGUGUAAAGUAUGUUUUUACAUCUCAUCCAACUUAACCUAAUUCUCUUACAUAAUUGAUAGCUAUAAGCAGAAUGCUUUAAGGGAUAGAAUAAAACGAUUACAAGUAUCUCAAGUAUGCUGCGAAACUAUUCAUCCAAUCGAACAAACAACGUGUAUUUAAUAAAGUUUCUUAUAUUGAAGAAUCUCUAAUUUAUCAUUCUUAAUACUUGCCUAAUCUUAUAAAAGCUGUAGCCUAAGCUUAUGAAUUAGGCUUAUAGAAUCCAGAAGAAUUUAUUGAAACUCCUGGGACUUGGCUUACAUUUGAUUUUGACAAUCACCCUGGAAUGGAAAUUGGGAUAAUGACCUACACACACGGUUUAACGAUGGAAUUAACACUAUAAUAGUAUAAAGAAUAUAUUGCGGAAGCAAAAUUCGAAGACCAUAUUUAUUUUAAAUAAAUAUUAGAGUUAUAUCAAUAAGCAUUAGAAUAUAGUAGAUAAAUAAGAGAUUUGAGUGAUAAAUUCAGGGUUAAAAAAGAAAUCUCAGUUGAGGAAUUUUUUCAAUAGUUGCCAAUAUACAAUAUAAAGAAAAUAGAAGAUUAAAUAAAUUAAGUGUUAGAGCAAAUUUUGCUAUAGAAUGACAAUUCCAAAGAUUACUUUAUCGCUUUGAAAUUGAAGAAACUAUAUAAAAUUUUUAGAUUAACUGGAGUGCUUGGUUAAAUCAGAUUAGCUGGGGAAGAUUUAACAGAUAUAAACAAAAUCAAACCGAUGAUCAAAAAUAUUUUUAAAGAAAUAUCUCUUCUUAAUGCAAACGGUUAAGCAGCUGACAUGGUAAUUAUUGCUAACUUUUAAACUUAAUCUUAAUAUGAUCUAGUCAUUUAAAAUAUGGAAAUUGUACCUUUAUUAGAAUCAUUUUCAUCAACUAAUAAUACUGAUUCCAGAAUUACCAUGAUAGCGAGUAGCGAUACGAGAUAGAGAGAUGGUUUGAUCUUAACAGAACUCAGAAAUAUGAGAGAAUUUAAAAGAAAUCCUGAAAAAUAUAUUUAUAUGGGCUAGGGAAUUACUCCAGAAAGAGGAGGAGGACCUUAUGAAUUAAUUCACACUAAAUAUUAAGCGCUUACAAGAGCAUAACGAAAACUUCAUAUUAGGACAAUAUAGGGUCACUAUUUUACAUCUGAGUUUGUAAGUGAGGAUGUGGCAUUUACUUUUAUGCUCAAUGGGUUAGCCAAUAUUAAUUAUAGUGAUGAUUUUGAACCUAGUUAUCAAUAUAUGGAUUUUUUAUUUGAAUUAGACAAUUUUGUUGGUGUACCUUAAAGAGCUAUGUAGAAAACAAAGGAAUAUAACGAUUUGUAUUUAAAAAAUUAGGUAAUUAAAACAAUGGUUGAAUCAUUUAAUUUUGGAGGAAGUCGAGAGACUGCAAAACCUUUUGAAAAUUUAAAGAAUUAGAGAGCUAUAGUACAAGCCUAUUGCAAUAGCGACAGAUGUUCGUUUACUCAUCCAGAAUUGGCUUAUUGGGAUAGAGUUCCUGAAGAGUUGGUUAAUAAAAUAGCAACAUAUUACUAUAAUAAUCAUCCUCAUAUGAAAUAUUUACUUUAUAUGUAUGCUCUAAUGGUCAGAAGAUGCAACUUAGAUUUUGCCAAACAAGAAGUUGGUCUAGAUUCUUCUAAUCCCUGUUAUUAAGCUAUGGAAAAGGGAAGAGCAGCAUUAAUAGCAAUAUUAGAUUAGUUAGGUUUAGGAAAUCAUAGUACACCUAUGAUUGCAAUUUGGAAGUAGCAUUUGGGUUGUUAGUUAUAAUCAAUGGAAGCAGAAACAGAUUAGAAAUUUAAAACAUUUAUGACUCUUAAUAAAUUAUAGUUGUAUUAAGCUAAAAAGAUUGUUAAACAUGGAAUUUUAGAAACAGAUGGAUUCUCAAACCAAAGAAAAUUGAGACUCUUACAGUCAACAUUAGCAAAUAUGACUUCUUUUGCUGGUAAAGGUUGA